UGAAAAUCGUUGGACUGUGUAUUUGAGAUCCUGAAAAGUUAUAGACUAGUAGCUGGUCAUUCCGAACGCCUUAAAACUGUACCAUAAUACGAAAGUUCCAAGUUCACCACUAGCCUUUGUACAUACAUGGACGCUAAUUUAGUUGAUAAAUAAGGUAUUAAAACAAUGGUGAAGAGUCAGAGCUUCCGCUUUGCGUGGAAAUGCCAGCAACCCACAGUGCUAUCAGGAUUUUGCAAUCUACUAGAAAAUGGAAAGUUAUUGGACAUGACUUUGGCUGCUGGAGGCGAACGUCGGAAAGCACACAAGCUUGUACUUUCGGCGUGCAGUCCUUAUUUUGAGAAAUUACUGACCGAUGAAUUCGAUAAACAUCCCGUUUUGAUGUUAAGAGAAGACAUCAAACCCGAACAACUUGAAGCCAUCAUGGACUACAUGUAUAAAGGUGAGGUGUACUUGUCCAUUGAUAAAAUUCAGGGGUUUCUUAAGGCAGCCAGAGCAUUGCAAAUUAGAGGGCUGAAUGGACCUGAUACACUUCGAAACUUGACAUACAAGAACAGACCCCCUGAUGAUGGAGCAUGCUCAAGUUCAACUGCACCAGGACCUGACAAGCAGCAAAUAUUGACAAGACGCAAGUUGGACAAUGAUUCUUGUCAAGCAUCUACUUCUUCCGAUACUCGAAGCUUGACCCAGAAUAUUACCUCACCAACUAUACCAUCCCGUAAUAACCUUAUGGAUAGAGUAGAUACUAGGAGAAAUCUACCAAAUGGGAGAGCCAAGAAAACAGGACUGGGACCAUUAAAAAAUGAAGCAAAAGUCCAAGAAGUAUUUUUAACACCUCGGGAAGUGAUAGAUCCACGGAAGAACUUGGGAGUUAUGAAAAUAGUCAUAAAUAAGAAGGUUCGUAAAUUAAAAAUGUCCAGUCAUCAAUUCUUUCUAUGAUUAUUAUUCCUAAUCAAGAGACCCAGGUUUUAAUAUUAGGUAUGAUUCAACACGCCAAAAACCUGGUUUCAAAAUAAAUUUGCAUGCAAAUUGCCAAAUCUACGUACAAAAUUAAGUUUUGUCAGAAUCUUGACGAUAAAUUUUACGAUUUCCUCCUGUGUUGGGACAAAGCUAUAGUGAUAUCAUUAUAAUUAUUGUUAAUGUAAAAAAAAAUUAUCCAAUACUUAGGUAGGUACAUAUAAUGACACUAUAGGUGCUUUGAUUUUAAAUGAAUAAUAGCUGUUAGUUGCUCGCGGCUUCCUGUAUUUAGUAGUUUUGGCUGUGUGUUAUAGACCAG